AUGUCGCAGAAAAUUGCUAUUUUGUCCGUGUAUGACAAGACCGGUUUGGUCGACUUUGCCAAGGAUUUGCACGCUCAAAACGUCCGUUUGCUCGGCUCUGGAGGCACAGCCAAGCUUAUCCGCAAUGCCGGUAUUCCUAUCGGUGACGUUUCGGAUAUCACCAAGGCCCCCGAGAUGUUGGGCGGUCGUGUCAAGACCCUUCACCCUGCUGUUCACGGCGGUAUCUUGGCCCGCAACAUCGAAAGUGAUGACAAGGACCUGGCCGAACAAUCAAUCGAGAAGAUCGACAUUGUCGUCUGCAACCUUUAUCCCUUCAAGGAGACCGUCGCUAAGCCUGAUGUGACCGUCCCCCAGGCCGUCGAGGAAAUUGAUAUUGGUGGUGUCACUUUGCUCCGUGCUGCUGCUAAGAACCACGCCCGUGUCUCAAUCGUCUCGGACCCCUCCGACUACAGCAAGGUCAUUGAGGAGUUGAAGGGUGGCGAUGUCACCCAAGAGACCCGCAACAUGCUCGCCUUGAAGGCCUUCCACCACACUGCUGACUAUGACGAUGCCAUCUCCAACUAUUUCCGCAAGGAGUACGCUCAGAACACUGCCAUGCUGCCUCUGCGUUACGGUGCCAACCCCCACCAGAAGCCCGCCCAGAUCUACGUCAAGGAAGGCAAGCUUCCUGUGACCCCUCUCUCCGGCUCGCCUGGCUACAUUAACUUUUUGGAUGCCUUGAACUCGUGGGCUCUUGUCAAGGAGCUCAAGGAAGCCACCAACACACCUGCUGCUGCUUCGUUCAAGCACGUUUCUCCCGCUGGUGCUGCCAUUGGCGUGCCUCUCUCGGAUGUCGAAAAGAAGGUCUACCAGGUCGAUGACCUCAAGGUCCCUCUUACCCCUCUUGCCACUGCCUACGCCCGUGCUCGUGGUGCCGACCGCAUGUCGUCGUUCGGUGACUUCAUUGCCUUGUCCGACAAGGUUGAUGUUGCCACUGCCAAGAUCAUCUCGCGUGAAGUCUCGGAUGGUGUUAUUGCUCCCGACUACGAGCCCGAGGCUCUUGAGAUCCUCAAGGCCAAGAAGGGUGGCAAGUACGUUGUCUUGAAGAUGGACCCCUCGUACGAGCCCGAGGAGCAGGAAGUCCGCCAGGUGUAUGGUCUGUACAUGGAGCAGAAGCGCAACAACAUCAAGAUCGAUGCUUCGCUGUUCAACAACGUGGUCAGCAAGAACAAGGACUUGCCCGAGUCUGCCUUGCGUGACUUGAUUGUUGCCACGAUCGCACUCAAGUACACCCAGUCCAACUCGGUCUGCUAUGCCAAGAACGGUAUGGUCAUUGGUCUCGGUGCUGGUCAGCAAUCCCGAAUUCACUGCACGCGUCUUGCUGGUGACAAGGCUGACAACUGGUGGCUGCGCCAUCACCCCAAGGUCUUGGGCUUCAAUUUUAAGAAGGGUUGCAAGCGUGCCGACAAGUCGAACGCUAUCGAUCUCUACGUCAUUGACCAGGUUGGCGAGGGUGAGGAACGCGCUCAAUGGGAGGCCAGCUUCGAGACUGUGCCCGAGCCUCUUACUGCCCAAGAGCGCAAGGAAUGGAUGGCUCAGCUGAAUGACACCGUUGUCUCUUCCGACGCUUUCUUCCCCUUCUCGGACAAUAUCUACCGCGCCCACCGCUCCGGUGUCAAGUAUGUUGCCGCCGCCUCUGGCUCCGUCCAAGAUGAAGCCGUCAUUGCCGCUGCUGAUGCCAACAACAUGGUCCUCGCCCAUACCUCUUUGCGUCUUUUCCAUCAUUAA